CUUUAACAAUCAAGAUCUCACAAGUGCGAGUCCGUAGCAGUUUUGGCUCAAGUCUCUGGCUCGAGCCCACGUCGCACACGCACGCAGGGAGGCUUGGGGGAGGGCGAACUGAACUGUAUGGCCGCGAGUGCCGGUGCUGUGCCUGAGCAGUGGCCUUCUGUAGACGAUGGCGUGUCCGAGAUGCUGAUGGGCAAUGCCGAAGCCCGCGCGGCGACCGUGGCGACCACUUCCGCGUCCAAGCGGCGGGCGUUCGUUUCCACGGCACCAGCAUUUGUUCUCAUAGUUGGUAGCGUGUUGGUCUUCCCCCUGUGUGCCCGCCACGAUUCUGCUCACCUGGCCAGCGCAGCCACAGCGGCUGCACGUCACCACGCGGAAGCUGAAGCCAUCGACCUCGGCGCGGAAAGCACAGAGUUUGCCGGCGGCUGGGAUCGUUUGGAGGACUUCAUCGGCCAGGUGACAGCACGCGCAGAGCUUCUGGAGCCACAGCACUUUGCAGUCAUUUCCCAAGCUGCCUCCGCAAGAGGCUUGCAGGGGGAGGGCACAGAUAGUCAAGACGUCUACGAUGACAUAGCCGAGAAACUCAACAAUAAUAUAACGGACAACACGUACGCAUCGCCACUGAACGAGUCGAAGUUGUUGCAGGCAACGUGCGUGAUCGACGUUUUAUACAUCGUUUCUUGCCUUGGGUACGCCAUCAAUUCGCUGUACCAGGCGUCUGCGAGCCGGCACUCUAGGUGCCCCGACUCUUCCGCCCAGGGCUGCGCGGUAGAGGUCACCAACGCCAUCAGCUGCCUCUCCUGGGUGGCAUACGCGAUAAGCGCGAGCGUUUCCGACUGCCCCCAGGUGCUCGACCAGAAGGCGGUGUGCGCCGCCGACAUCAUCGGGAUGAUCGCGGACGUCACCGGCAUCGCCUCGGCCGCCACCGACGUCGGCAGCUCUUGCGGCGCCGUGGGCGCGUCCGACCUCGCCCGCGAGUCGGCCCUGCAGAACCUCACCGCCAUUCUGGAGUCGGGAGAGGGGCGGCGGCUGAAGUUCGGGAAGCACGGGCUCCUGAGGAGAGCCAUCACCGAAGCGAGCAAUUCUGCAGCACCGACGAGGAGCGAGAUCAAGAUCGAGACAGGCUGGUCGAUAGGCGUAUGCGUCUUCGACGUCAUCAUGGCCAGCGCCCUCUUGAUGCAGAUGGGCACCACCAUUGCCCGUGCGACGGAGGACUGCCCGAACCCACGCGCGUGCGCCGUAGACAUGCUGUCGAUACUCGGCUGCGCGUCCUGGGCUGCAACCAGCUUCGCUGCGGCUGCUUCGGACUGCGACCCGCCCCUUGGCAGCGUGGGUGCAGAAUGCGCCUCGGACGUGACGAACAUCUUCGCGCAGCUUAACUUCCUCGCGGCGUACGCCACCUCGGUUGGGCACGACUGUAACUUCAGCGUGGUCAACGAGUCGAGGGGCGACAUUUUUGUUCCGGGGCCCGCGUAGGGGCCGCGCUUGCUCGCCGACGCAGGUCGGGGGCAGCCAGCAGCCUCGGUGGCCCAAGGCGUGCCCAGCUCGUCGCGCCAUUUUGGAGCCACUGAGGCCCUCUUGGCAUUGCGAAGGACCCUCAGUGCCUUCCAGGAGAUCCUGUGGGCUCCCUUCCAAUCAUCUGACGACGUCGCACUUUUCUCGCAGCGUGGCUCCCCAAAGGUCUGGGCCCCUUCCCGGGGACCAGCGUCUCUGGAGCAGGUUUGCUAUCAUUCCUGGGGGGCCCUGUGAAGGACCCCCGGACGCAGCACAAUAUCACCAAAUCUGAGCUGGCGGAGGCGGCCGACGGCAUUACCGUGAAGUCGGGCCUGUCCCUCUACAGGAGGAAAACCCAACAAUAGUCAAU